AUGUCUGCUGAAGAAUUCAAGAAAGAGGGUAAUGCUGCAUUUGUGGCAAAAGAUUUUCAAAAGGCUAUUGAGUUGUUUACCAAGGCCAUCGAAGUUUCUGAGCAACCAAACCACGUUUUGUACUCUAACAGAUCGGCUUGUUACACGUCUCUUAAGAAAUUUGAUGAAGCUCUAAACGAUGCUCAAGAGUGUGUAAAGAUUAAUCCUACUUGGUCUAAAGGUUACAACCGUGUGGGUGCUGCUGAAUUUGGGUUGGGGAACCUUGACGAUGCAGAGAAGCAAUACAAAAAGGCUUUGGAGUUAGAUGCUUCUAAUAAGGCUGCUCAGGACGGUCUUGAACAAGUUCAAAGAACUCAACAGGCUAGACAACAGCAACCAGACUUAGGACUAGGCCAGAUGUUCAACGAUCCUAACAUGAUUGAAAAGUUGAAGGCGAACCCCAAGACAGCUGAACUAAUGAAGGAUCCACAACUGGUUGCGAAGAUCUUGCAAUUUAGAUCCAACCCACAAAUGAUGGGUGCUGAAGUUUUGCAAGAUCCAAGACUAAUGACUAUUAUGGCUACGCUUCUGGGUAUUGACUUAAGCAUGGGAGGGGAUGCGGCUGGUGACGCCAAGAACGAAGAACUAAAGGCUGAAGAACCAAAGGCUGGAGAACCAAAGGCUGAAGAACCAAAGGCUGAGCAACCAAGAGCAGAACAAGCUCAACCAGCUGCUCCUAGAGAAGAACCUGAACCUAUGGAAGUUGACGAACCCGAAACAGAUAACGACUCAAAGGCAAAGGCUGAUGCUGAAAAAGCUGAGGGUAAUAAGCUUUACAAAGCCCGUAAAUUUGAUGAAGCUAUCGAGCAUUAUGAAAAGGCUUGGAAUUUGCACAAAGAUAUAACCUAUUUGAAUAACCGUGCUGCCGCCGAGUAUGAAAAGGGUGAUUAUGAAACUGCUAUCAAGACCUUGAAGGAAGCUGUUGAGCAGGGUAGAGAAAUGAGAGCAGAUUACACGGUGAUUGCCAAGUCUUUUGCACGUAUCGGUAACUCUUACCACAAGUUAAAUGAUUUGAAGCAGGCUAUUGACUACUAUCAAAAAUCGCUCACAGAACACCGCACUCCAGAGAUCUUGACGAAAUUGAGGAAUUGUGAAAAGGAACUUAAAGUACAAGAAGUUGAGGCUUACAUAGAUCCUGAAAAGGCAGAAGAAGCACGUCUGCAAGGUAAAGAAUACUUCACCAAGGGAGACUGGCCAAACGCUGUGAGCGCUUACACGGAAAUGAUUAAAAGAGCACCAGAAGAUGCGCGUGGUUACUCCAACAGAGCAGCUGCUUUGUCUAAGCUAAUGUCUUUUCCUGACGCUAUCAAGGAUUGCGAUAUUGCUAUCAAGAAGGAUCCAAACUUUGUUAGAGCAUACAUUAGAAAGGCCACCGCCCAAAUUGCUGUUAAAGACUUUGCCGGUGCUAUUGAAACCCUAGACGAAGCGCGUUCAAAGGAUACGGAAGUGAAUAAUGGUGCCAGUGUUAAGGAGAUUGAUCAAUUGUACAUCAAGGCCACUCAACAAAGAUUCCAACCGGAAGAUCCAAAUGAGUCCCCAGAACAAACUUACGCUAGAGCUAUGAAGGAUCCUGAAGUUGCUUCUAUCAUGCAAGAUCCAGUUAUGCAAAGCAUUCUAUCGCAGGCUCAACAGAACCCAGCGGCUUUGCAAGAGCACAUGAAGAACCCAGAAGUGUUCAAGAAGAUUCAAACAUUGAUCGCUGCUGGUAUUAUUCGCAGUAGAUAA